GAGGCUGUGUUCAUUCACUACCUUCUUCUCAUUACCUCCCACUACGUGCUUUCUUUCUCUCUAUACUCAUGGCAUAUCAAGACCCGUAUGCAGGCCAGCACGGGCGGUAUGAGGAGCCCCAAUACGGGCAUUCUGGAUAUGGGCAAUACGACGCCUCUGCUACGCAAUUCAAUCCAUACACCACAAGCGAGCCUCAUCCGACAUACGAGCAGGGUGGCUACGAUAACUACGUCGGUGGAUACAGGGACGAGCCCGAGUUUGGCCACGGAGCCGCGAACGCUCCUCCUGCACCGAGACCACCCAAGUCACUGGAUGAAACAAGUAGAUUUGAGCCGGGGGAGUUCUCGCCAACAACCAGGGACCCCAAAUCUGACUUGCACAAGGGAGGUCAAGGACGGUGUAUUGGAAGAUUUUUCUGUUGCACUCUUAUGAGUCUUGUCUUUCUCAUCGUCAUCGCGCUUCUAGCACUCGUUCUGUGGCUUCGCCCACCUAGUUUAACAUUCGGCAGCGUUGCUCCCGUGACAUCGGGAUCUACAAUCGCUUUGACGAGCAAUGGAGUCAAUAUCAACAUGGGCGUCAACAUCUCCGUUACUAAUCCCAACUAUUUGGGCGUGAGCUUCAAAAAAAUCUCUGCUCAGAUUUUCUAUCCCAUCAACAACACUGCCAUUGGCAAUGGGACGCUCAACAAUAUUAACAUCCAAUCGAAGUCCACGACGAACUUUACUUUCCCCUUUGAGAUCCAGUACUCCACUGCCAUUGAUCCCAAUUCGAAGAUUCUGCUCGACCUGGCUACGAAAUGCGGGGUGUUGCCCGGGGCCACGUCCCAACUGACUGUGGAUUACAAAAUCACGCUUGCUCUGCGAAUUCUGUUUGUGACGGUGUCGCCUACAAUAUCGAACUCGUUCACCUUCGCCUGUCCCUUGACAGCUGACGAACUCAAGGUCCUUAUGUUUCUUCCUGAGCAUUUCAACCAGAUACUGAAAUAA